CAGCCCGGCCCCGCCGCCGCCCUGGGCACCGCGCUGCUGCUGCUCCUGCUGGUCACCGAGUCUUCGCACACGGUGCUGCUGAGAGCGCGCGAGGCGGCGCAGUUCCUGCGGCCGAGGCAGCGCCGAGCCUACCAGGUCUUCGAGGAAGCCAAGCAGGGUCACCUGGAGAGGGAGUGCAUAGAAGAACUGUGCAACAAAGAGGAGGCCCGAGAGGUGUUCGAGAACGACCCGGAGACGAACUAUUUUUACCCAAAAUACUUAGAGUGCAUUAAUAAAUAUGGAUCUCCAUAUACCAAAAACCCAAAGUUUCGUAUGUGUGUUCAAGAUUUGCCUGAUCAGUGUACUCCAAACCCCUGUGAUAAGGAGGGAACAAAAGCCUGCCAAGACUUAAUGGGCAACUUCUACUGCCUGUGUAAAGCUGGCUGGGGGGACCGAUACUGUGAUAAAGAUGUCAAUGAAUGCAUUCACCAGAACGGGGGCUGCAAUCAGAUUUGCUACAACAAGGUGGGCAGCUUCCACUGUGCCUGUUACAGUGGCUACACGCUCUCUUCCGACAGCAGGACCUGCGAAGACACAGAUGAGUGCGCAGAUGUGGAUGCCUGCGGGGAGGCACGCUGCAAGAACCUGAUGGGUUCCUAUUCCUGCCUUUGUGACAAGGGCUACAAGUAUGACAGCCAGAAGAAGGUCUGCCAAGAUGUGAACGAAUGUGAGGAAAAGCCCUGUGAACAGAUUUGUGUCAAUUCCCCGGGGAGCUACACAUGUCACUGUGACGGACGUGGGGGCCUGAAACUGUCCGAGGACAUGAACACCUGUGAGGAUAUUUUACCAUGUGUACCGUUUAAUGUGGCCAAAAGCGUGAAGUCUUUGUAUCUGGGACGAAUGUUCAGUGGGAUUCCCGUGAUCAGGCUACGCUUCAAAAGACUGCAGCCCACGAGACUUGUGGCUGAGUUCGACUUUAGAACCUUUGACCCUGAAGGUGUCCUUUUCUUUGCUGGAGGCCAUCAAGACAGUACAUGGAUCGUCCUUGCUCUGCGGGCCGGCAGGUUGGAGCUACAGCUCCGCUACAAUGGGAUUGGCCGAGUCACCAGCAGCGGGCCUGUCAUCAACCACGGCAUGUGGCAGACGAUUUCUGUUGAGGAGCUAGAGCGGAAUCUGGUGAUCAAAGUUAACAAGGACGCUGUUAUGAAAAUCGCCGUGGCUGGGGAUCUGUUUCAGCUGGACAGAGGACUGUAUCAUCUGAACCUCACCGUAGGAGGCAUCCCCUUUAAAGAGAAAGACCUCAUUCAGCCUAUAAAUCCUCGCCUGGACGGUUGUUUGAGGAGUUGGAACUGGUUGAAUGGUGAAGACACCACCAUCCAAGAAACAGUCAAAGUCAACACUAAAAUGCAAUGCUUCUCUGUGACAGAAAAAGGGUCCUACUAUCCCGGGAAUGGAUUUGCUUUCUACAGUCUCGAUUAUGUACGGACAUCACUGGACGUAGGCACAGAAACCACCUGGGAAAUAGACAUCGUUGCUCGGAUCCGCCCUGCCACGGACACGGGGGUGCUGGUAGCAUUGAUGGGAGAGGACCACACCGUUCCCCUCUCCGUGGCCCUGGUGGAUUACCACUCCACAAAGAAGCUCAAAAAGCAGCUGGUUAUCCUGGCCAUCGAGAAUGUCGCCUUGUCCCUGAUGGAGAUCAAGGUCUGCGACAGUCAGGAGCACGUAGUGACAGUGUCUGUGAAGGAAGGGGAGGCCUCCCUGGUGGUCGAUGGCACCAAGGGUCAGAGUGAAGCAAGCCCUGCACAGCUGAAGGAGAGGCUGGCCCUCCUGAGGAGGCACCUGCGUGACUCUGUGCACACAUUUGUCGGGGGCCUGCCAGAUGUUCCCGUGACUUCAGCGCCAGUCACGGCUUUCUACCAAGGCUGUAUGACCCUGGAAAUCAACAAGAAGGCCCUGGACUUAGAUGAAGCUGUGUACAAGCACAGUGACAUCACGUCACACUCCUGUCCUCCAAUUGAGCACGUCGCAGCCUAG